GAUACAAAACCUGGGCAGGGAAGAUCGCUAAAUGCGCCUGAUUCCACCCCAACCACGGGAGAGAAGCAGCUAGAACUGCGGCUGUGUGAGCUUUUGCUGGACAUUGAAGAGCGCAUCUACCAGGGUAGUCUUGGUACUGUAAAGGCGCCAGAUAGGCAGCUGUGGAGGGCAGCUCUGGAUAAUCGUUCUUAUGAACUCUUAGUUGAAGAACCAAAGGACAAAUUCCUAAAAGUUGAAGACAAUGAAGUGGAGGAGAUGGAAGUCGAUGGCAAGCAAAACAUUAAAGAUGGGUUACAAGGUAUGAAAAAUGAGGAUCCAAGUGUUCCAUCUACAAAUGCCAGCACCCCUCAGCCAGCAGCUACUUCAGUACAGCAUCUGGCCCGAGCAUUACUACAGAUACAGCAAGGCGUGGAACGCAAGUACUUAAAGGCUCCACUUGUAGAUACUAGUGAAAGUGGUCGCAUUCAAAGGACAGUACUAGAUCGAUGGCGUGAAUCAUUACAGUCAUCUGGUAGCUUUUCACAGAUUUUCCUUCAUUUGGCUACUUUGGACCGCAGCAUCUUGUGGUCACGCUCCAUUCUGAACUUCAGGUGUAAGGUGUGCCGUAAGAAGGGAGAUAGCGAGAGUAUGUUCCUGUGUGACGGCUGCGAGAGAGGGCACCAUAUCUACUGUGUACGACCCAAACUGAAGUUUAUUCCUGAUGGCGACUGGUUCUGUCCUGAGUGCCGACCUAGAAGACGAGCCCGCAAGCCUGGUCGACCAAGGCGCUCCAUGGAUAGUGAUGUGGAAGAGGAGGAUUUUGCAGAAGAAGAGGAGUUGCAGAGAGAUUCUGAGAAGGAUGGGGAAGAGGAGACAGUUCUGUUUGAGGAAGAAAAUUUUAUAUCUUUUUCUUUUAGUACAAAAAAGAAAAGCAAAGCCAAAUUAAAGUUACCUUUAAAGAUUAAAGGACGCAAAUCUACUGGAAAGCCUGGACCUAAGAAACAGUCUGGGAAGUCACCGAAAAGCCAGCAAGGUACUCCAAAAACUACUCCACCUGCUUCAAAGGGCAGAGGAAGAAAAGCAAAUUCUGCCCCUCCACAAGAGAAGAAAGGAGGAGCUCGGCAUUCUGUGCACACUUCCCAGCCCAGUGCUGAGGGCCAUGAGACAUCUCUGGUGGAGUUGGUAUCUGCAUCAGGCCAUGGACGGGGUAGAGGGAGAGGAAAGAAAAUAAAAUCUGUUGAUAACACCCCAGUGGGCAGCCCUUUUGCCUUUCGUCCAUUUAGUUUGGAUACUGUUGAACAGACACCUAAAGGACCAAAGGAACAAUUUGAGAAUGUUACACCUACUCGGAAAGGCAGAGGAAGGGGCAAAAAGCGAUCACCAGAAAUCUCUUCAAGUGAUCCAGGAAACAGGAGAAGCUCUGGUCGAAAUCAAGGUGUACAUGAGUUAUCUGCUUGUGAACAGUUGGUGGUAGAGUUAGUAAGGAACGAAGACAGCUGGCCUUUUAUGAGACUGGUUUCCAAAGCCCAGGUUCCAGAUUACUUUGACAUUAUCCAGAAACCCAUUGCCUUAAAUAUCAUCCGCGAGAAAGUGAACAAAUGUGAAUACAGUUCUGCAACUGAAUUUAUAGAAGAUGUUCAGUUAAUGUUCCGCAACUGCUUUGAAUAUAACCAACUCGACAGCAAUGAGGCCAAAGCAGGACUCCGGUUGCAAUCCUUUUUUGUCAACGAGGCUCAGAAACUUGGCCUAGAAGUUUCUUGUAGCAAGCCGAUUAUUCCUUCUGGACCCUCCAAAAAGUCACGCAUCUGA